UCAGUGGGCGUGCUCAUCGGUAUAUUCGAGCUUGGUGUCCUACCGAGCUAUCAAGGUGGAUUCUAUUGCAAUGAUCCAGCUCUUAGCUUUCCUUUCACCGGCGACACCGUCUCUUUCGUUGUUAUUAUGGUUACAGUGCUCCUUGCACCUGUUUUUGUAAUCCUCAUAACAGAACUAAUAUUCAGUGACUCAGCUCAUCCCCGAAGUCGUUUUUAUCAGGCAGGGAAAACCACUGGCUGGUUGUGCCGCAGUUAUGGCUAUGGGUUUGUCUUCAACUUGGUCAUUGUAGAGGUCAUGAAGGGUAUCACCGGGUCUCCGAGACCAACUUUCUUUUACAUUUGCGAACCGAGGAUUAAUGGCAGAUUUUGCAAUGGAACGGAUUUCGUACCAAACUUUGAGUGCACGAACAAACAGUUUUCUACAUGGUAUCAGACAGAUUCAUACCACAGUUUCCCCUCGGGACACACUUCUUUUGCCGUUUAUUGUGGAUUCUUCUGUGCGUGGUAUCUUCAAAAACGUGCAUUUAACUGGAGAAGCAGAACAAUCUUCUUAGUUCCACUACUACAGAUGGUCCUCCUAACGUACUCCGCUUACUGCUCGUUGAGCAGAAUCACGGAUCACCGACACCACUGGUGGGAUGUCGCUGUGGGGGCCUUUAUCGGCAUUAUCUGCGUCUUGUACACAGUGCUAGUGUUGUGCAAAAACUUUGCAUUCAACAAAUCCAAUGACAUCUCCAGUGAAGGUCCACAGACCAAAACAUUACUGUAUGACAGAAGCGAACUGACGUAGUCAUAAAAUAUUGAAUUUAAUAAAGUAAUAAGUGUAAUGUAUAGUAUAGGUGUAUAUUAUGUGAAAAUGACAUUUAAUUAUUUUUGAGAUAAAAUCUUAAAUUAGUUUCAUCCGAAUUUGGCAAAGCCAAAACUGUAUUUAUGACUCAAAUACUGUAACAUUAUCGCAGGCGUAAGGUAAAGAGUAAAUUAUGCGGCUGAUUUACGCGCGCUGAGAAAAUAAAAUAGCGAUUAUGAGGUGUUAUAUUUUCACGCGUUAAUACUUAAGACUGAACAAUACUUCCACUAUGUAAUAUCGUAUUGCAGAUCUUGUUGUAUGCGAUUUAGAAUUGAAUUUAUAUCAUUUGGUGAGCUCUUUACCGUGUAGGUAUUACACAUUGAGUAUUAUGUCUCUACAAUAUUGCAAAUUAAUACUUACAAUGAACAGUAUUUAACCAAUGGAAUAUCUGCUUGUAAGUAUAUAAUACUUAGGCAGGUGGGUCAAGUUUACCAAUAUUAAAUAUAUUUAUUAUACAGGGUUAUCUGUCAAAACUAUAUUACUAAUAUCAUAAAUGUCUUUUUUACAAAAUCUUUAAAAACGUCAACCGUGACGAUGGGACCUGUAAAAAGCUGACUCUUUACAGUAUAGCAGUGCAUAUUUGUUUUUUCACGUUUCCAGAAACGUUUGUUUGAAAAAACAAAUAUACACGAUUUAAAUCCGAAAAAAUAGUUUCGUCUCCUAUGCGUAACAAUCGCGAAA